UGGUACACGACAGUACAACUCGGACACAAAUGUCUUCAAACAGGCAUUGGCUAUGUUGAGUGCUGUUUUGCUCAUUCUUGAAUGCAAAUUUGUGUUGCAUGAGUUGGGAAAUAUACUGCAUUGAUGCCUUGGACAGUAAGAUUACUGUUCAGCACAUGUAACUGUAAAAAGGGAGGGAGGAGUGGAGAGAGAGAGUGAGACAGAAAGAGACUAAGGGGAUUAGGAGGCUUCUCUCGAAACAGUGCCCAUGCCAGUCAGAGCAUUUUCCGAUGGAAGUCCUUCAUUCUCACUUUGAACUAUUGCUGAAUUCUCCAACAAGAGACAGACUGGAUCACAGAGCAAGUCAAGUGAAGAAAAAAAUGGGAUAGUUUAGGUUAAAAAGCAAAGCUUGGGUAUGUAUAUGAUAAUCAGAAACCAAGGCUGGACUGGAGUACAGCUGAUUCUUGAAGAGCAGAGGAUAUGAUAUCUAAAAAGUGCCUCUAAAAGAGCUUUGACUUCUGGUUCCAGAGGUUUUCUUCACUUCAUACCAUUACUUGCAUGAAGAACUGGUUUUUAGGAUUACUGUUCACUAUGUGACUGUCUCGUUCUGGAUCCGACACUAUUUUUGCUUUUGCGUUCCACCUGUUGGGUAGUUAAAUGGUGCUAAUAACUGAGAAUGGUGUUGCAGGAGGUGUACUUCUGGUCAAAGUUCACCAACACGGCACCGGCCAAAACCAAGCGAGAGGCUGGAACAAUGAGGAGUCCUCAAUACAGAGCUCCACUUUUGUGGAGCCGACAGAGGACUCUUAUUAUGCAGAUGAUGAAGACCACCAUCCUUAUGAUGAUGAUGAUGACGAUGACGUCUACCAAGAAUUCGAGGAGUUGGACUUUUCAGAACUUCCAGAUACCAGGAGCAUCGCGUCAGAAGAUUCCUUCUACCCACCUGAUGAUUCGCUCAACUUUGAAAAAUGUCCGACUCCCGAGAGCCCUGAGCCAAUCACCUUGUUCAAAGCAUGCUGCUCUAACAACUCCAUCAUCGUCAAAAUCAUGAUAAGACAAGGUGUGACGGAGGAGGAGGUGCGAGAGGUGGACAAAAACAACAGAACUGGGCUGAUAGUAGCGUGUUACCAGGGCUACGUGGAUGUGGUCAUUGCACUUUCUCAGUGUCCAUAUGUGGACGUGAACUGGCAGGAUAACGAAGGGAAUACAGCUCUCAUGACUGCUGCACAAGCAGGCCAUAGUAUGAUUACCAACUACCUGCUGAACUACUUUCCCGGGCUUGACACUGAGCGUAGGAACUGCCAUGGCUUCACUGCGAUGAUGAAAGCAGCCAUGCAGGGUCGAGCCGAAUGCGUACGGUCUCUCAUGAUGACAGGAGGAGACAUUGAAGCAAGAGACUUCGGUCGUAAGUUGACUCCACGUGAAUGGGCCCUGUUUACAGGCCGCUACGAGACCGCCAACCUGAUGACCCGACUGAUGGAACAGCCGUGUGCCGAACAGUUCUGUGACUCUUACCACAUGGAGUGGCCUAUGCUAAGCGAACUGGUGGCUCGUUCAAAUCAGCCCAAGUCUUGCUGGAGGAAGUUCUCAGAGUGCAUCUGUAACUUGUUUACCAUCAGCAUGAAGACCAACCCUGUGGACGAAGGCGCCAUGGACUACAUGGUGCGCAUGACCACAUCGCUGACCAGCCCGUUCAUAGCCACCGCCUGCCACACCGUGUGCCCGGGAAGCCCUCCGUGUGUUGGAAAACGUCGCCCUGCUGUCCAGGACAUCCUCCGCAAACAGCGCCUAGCUGAGCUGAAAAGCCUAGGGCCUGAGCGCCUCAACAACUACAAGCGGCUCUUCCAGAACUCCAGGGUUCUGCUGGUGCCGAAGAAGCAGGAGCGGCGCGCCAGUCUGCAGCCGCAGUUGCUGCACAGCGUCGCUAUGGCCUCCACCAUGGCCUUGAGGAGAAGCAGCCUACUGCCGCUUCACAUGAUGCGCAGGAGCAGCGUGCGUCCCGGGAUGGUGGUUCCUAAAGUCAUGCUGUGCAAAGCACCUCCUCCAAUGUACAUGCCGGAGCGGCCGCCGCGCAGGACUUCAAAAGACUUGUCGCACCUACAGAUCCCUAAAUGGAAGUACAAAGCUCUGAAAGAGGAGAAGAAAAAAGCCAAACACCCGGAUAGGCUGAGACUGCCUGUUGGGAGGAGAAAGUGAAGUGGCUUUUGAUGCCUUAGUGUUUUUAAGGAUGUUUUCCACUGUGAUGGUUUGUGGUCAGUGUGAGGGUCAGGAAUACUCAGCAUACACUACUCUUGUACUACUACUGUUAAGUCGUAACAAUUCUAAUUGAUAGAAACAGCUAACAUUUAAUGUGUAGUUUUUUGGGGGGUUCAUUAUGUCGAGGUAUACUUGAAAGUUUCUGCAUACUAAUUUUUAUUUUUUAUAUUGCUCUCAAAGACUGAAUUUUUGAAAGUGGGUGUUGUAUAAAAAAGCUGCUAAAACAUUAAACAUAACAAUGAAGGACUUUCAUAACAAUUAAAUACUAUGUGGCCUACGCAUGUUCUUUUCUCUUACCUAUAGGGGAGAGUGGGGUAAGAUGAGUCACUUUUUACUUACAGUAUGUGGUCCUCAAGAUAAGAGAAAAUGUGUUCCUGUGGCUUAGUUUGCCCCAGGUUAGGGGUAAGCUGACCCGAGUCAGUGGGUAAGAUGAACCAUCUGGGUGUAAACUAACCAUCUAACUGAAUCUGAUUUAAAAAACUAAUUUAAUCAAAUUCAGACAAAGUCAUAUUUCUUCUGAAGCUAACUUAAAACCAACUAAAUAAAGUUUAAAUUUCAAUCUUUAACUGUUGCAUUUCUGAAACAAUACAGUAUGUUGAACACCAAAGUUGUAAUCUUCCCAAAAACAGACUAAACUGUUUGUUGAGUAAAAUUAAAUAAAAAACUGAAUCAGAAUGAAGGAAUCAAUGUCACAAAAACUAAUAAACAUUUCAGGCAAAAGAUUCUUGUCGUGGUAGCUUUUCUGCAAUUUCGAACCUGCCAUUAGGGACUACAUGUGAAAAGAUAAAUCUGAUUAUAAUGUGAUGAAAGGAAUCUUCUGGUUCUUAUCAGAGAAGGAUUUGAUGCACUGGUACACUGUCCCUAUCAAACACACUACAAAUAAUAUGUAUAUAUGAUAAAUUAAUUCAGUUGUGUAAUAUCACAUUAACAUACCAGAGAUUUAACUUAACUUCAGUGCCUUAUGGUAGGGUAAGUUCAAAUGCUGGCUCAGUUUACCCCACAGCAUUUGGCUCGCUUUACCCUAUAGCUACCAUAUAAUAGUAAUAUAUAUAACAAUGAUUUGCAUGCUUUUAUUCAUUGCUAAAUCUCCUAUAUGCAUUAGAAAUGUUUUUAGACCUCAAUAAAUUUACUUUGAUGUAACAGCAAUUACAUCUGUUAUGCUAAAAUUUUACUUUGACAAGCCAACAACAGUUUUUUAAGGUAAAUGGGUGCCUUCCACUCCUCCCUUGUGUUUCUUCUUUUUACACUGGCAAAAAUGAUGGGUGGUUGCAAAAUAUGUUUUAUAUAUGAAAAUAUGUUGCAAGAUAUGGUCACGUGACAGUAAAAGUGUACAGCUGCCAAGAUACAGGGGGUGGGUCAACUUACCCACUGGCUCAUCUUACCCCACUCUCCCCUAAUUAUGUAAAGGGAUGAUUCAUCCCAAAAUUCUGUCAUUAAUUACUCACCCUCAUGUCGUUCCAAACCCGUAAGACCUUGUUCAUCUUCGGAACACAAAUUAAGAUAUUUUUUGAUGAAAUCCAAAAGCGUUCUGACCCUGCAUAGACAUCAAUGUAAUUACCUGUAAAAGUUACUUCCGAUUCAUUAGCUGCCAUAGGUUAAUGAC